AGCACUGUUCCGGUAUCUGCUGUGGACUGAGGCUGUGUUUUACUGAGUGUGUUGUGUCAGCGGUGGAGAGUUGAGCUCUGGUUCAGUGAGGCUGCUCUAGCAGAUCUUGUUAGCAACGCGCCAUCCGGAAAGCACAACCGAUGGUCGACGUGAGCAUGGCACUGCCCUUGCAGGUGCCCCCGACUGCCAUUCCCAUGGACUUGCGCCUGGACCAGCCCUUUGGCCUAGCACCACGACCAGACGACCAGUGCCACCAAGGACAGGUCCCAGGUCAGCGGGAGCAGCAGCUGCAGCAGGAGUUGCUGGCCCUCAAACACAAACAGCAGAUCCAGAGACAGGUGCUCAUCGCUGAGUUCCAGCGGCAACAUGAGCAGCUCUCACGCCAGCACGAGGCCCAGCUACAGGAGCAUGUUAAGCACCAGCAGGACCUCCUGGCUCUGAAGCAUCAGCAGGAGCUGCUGGAGCACCAGAGGAAGAUGGAGAGACACCGCCAAGAGCAAGAGAUAGAGAAACAUCAGAGGGAGCAGAAACUCCUGCUGCUUAAGAACAAGGAGCGUUGCCAGGAGAGUGCGGUGGCAAGCACAGAGGUCAAGAUGAGGCUGCAGGAAUUUGUCCUGAACAAGAAGAAAGCCCUGGCCCAGCGCAGCCUCAACCACUGCAUGUCUACUGACCCACGCUAUUGGUACGGGAAGACCCAGCACAGCUCCCUGGACCAUAGCUCCCCUCCCCAGACAGGGAUGUCCACUUACAACCACGCCAUCCUGGGGAUGUACGACUCCAAAGACAACUUCCCUCUCCGCAAGACAGCCUCUGAGCCCAACUUGAAGCUCCGGUCCAGGCUAAAACAGAAGGUAACGGAGCGCAGAAGUAGCCCACUUCUACGCAGGAAGGACGGUCCAAUUACCACCGCCAAGAAGCGCUCUCUGGACAUGGCUGAAUCGGCCUGCAACAGCGCUCCUGGCUCGGGCCCCAGUUCGCCCAACAACAGCUCCAGUAACAUCACCAAUGAGAAUGGCAUCGCUGGCUCCAUGUCCAGUAGUUCAGUAGAGGCCUCCCCGGCCCACAGGCUGGCUGGCCGAGAGGGCCCCUUGAGCCAGCUGUCUCUGUACACAUCGCCCUCGCUGCCUAACAUCACCCUGGGCCUGCCAGCCACCGGCCCUUCCAGCGAAGGUGACAGGCUUUCAAUGCACGAUAGACUGCAGCAGGGCUUCCCCAUAACCACUCCCUUCAUCCCAGGGGCCCACCUGCCCUCCUACCUGACCGACGGGGGCUCGGCACAUAACCCCCUCCUCCAGCACAUGGUCCUCCUGGAGCAGUCCCAGAACCCACUAGGUCUGUCCUGCUGCCUUGGCGGAAUGCCCCUGCAAUCGUCCUCCAUCCACAAGCUGCGUGGGCAGCACCGUCCCCUGGGGAGGACCCAGUCGGCCCCUCUGCCCCAGAACGCCCAGGCCCUGCAGCAGCUGGUGGUCCAGCAGCAGCACCAGCAGUUCCUGGAGAAACACAAGCAGCAGUUCCAGCAGCAGCAACUCCACAUCAACAAGAUGAUGGCCAAGCCCAGCGAGCCGGGGCCGGGGCCGGGCCGGCAGCAUGAGAGUCACCCGGAGGAGACAGAAGAGGAGCUAAGGGAGCACCAAGCCCUAUGUCCCCAGGACGGAGUCCUCAUUUGUGGAGUGACAGUCAAGCAGGAGCCCCUGGACCCCCAGGAAGAGGAGAGGGACCACAGAGACAGGAUAGUUGACCAGGAGCUGCUCUUCCGACAGCAGGAUGUGUUGUUGGAGCAGCAGAGAAUCCACCAGUUGAGGAACUACCAGGCUUCGAUGGAGGCAGCCGGCCUGUCAAUCACCUUCCCAGCGCACCGCCCCCUCUCCAGGGCCCAAUCAUCUCCUGCCUCGGCUUGCUUCCCUCCCAUCGUGGUGCAGCAGGAACCACCCACCAAGCCUCGCUUCACCACCGGACUGGUGUAUGACACGUUGAUGCAGAAGCACCAGUGUAUGUGUGGCAACACCAACACACACCCAGAGCACGCCGGACGCAUCCAGAGCAUCUGGUCUCGACUCCAAGAGACAGGACUGAGGGGCCAGUGUGAGUGUAUACGGGGGCGGAAAGCCUCACUGGAAGAACUGCAGACGGUUCACUCUGAGGCCCACGUCCUUCUGUAUGGAACCAACCCACUUCGACAGAAACUAGACAGUUCAGUUACUCCCAUGUUUGUGAGGCUGCCUUGUGGAGGGGUGGGGGUGGACAGCGACACCAUUUGGAACGAGGUCCACUCUUCCAGCGCUGCUCGUCUAGCUGUGGGCUCCGUCGUGGAGCUUUGCUUCAAAGUGGCGGCUGCAGAGCUCAAGAAUGGAUUUGCUGUAGUCCGGCCCCCUGGACACCAUGCAGAGGAGAGUACACCUAUGGGAUUCUGUUACUUCAACUCAGUGGCCAUCGCUGCUAAACUCUUGCAGCAGAGGCUCAGUGUCAGUAAGAUCCUGAUUGUGGAUUGGGAUGUUCACCAUGGCAACGGCACGCAACAAGCGUUCUACAGCGAUCCCAACGUUCUCUACCUGUCACUCCAUCGCUACGACGAUGGCAACUUCUUUCCUGGCAGUGGAGCGCCUGAUGAGGUGGGCACUGGGGCAGGUACGGGCUUCAAUGUGAACAUGGCUUUCACCGGGGGACUGGAACCACCCAUGGGAGACGCAGAGUACCUGGCUGCCUUCAGAACGGUGGUGAUGCCCAUCGCCAACGAGUUUGCCCCCGACGUGGUGCUGGUGUCGUCUGGCUUCGAUGCCGUGGAGGGCCAUCCGUCACCCCUGGGAGGGUACAGGCUGACGGCCAAAUGUUUUGGAUACCUGACCAGGCAGCUGAUGGGGCUAGCCGGAGGCCGCAUGGUACUGGCCCUGGAGGGGGGCCACGACCUCACUGCUAUUUGUGACGCCUCCGAAGCCUGCGUCUCUGCUCUGCUAGGAAUCGAGUUGGAUCCUAUCCCUGAGGAGGUGAUGCAGCAGAGGCCCAACCCCAACGCUGUUCACUCCAUGGAGAAGGUGCUGGAGGCACACAGUAAAAACUGGCGCUCUCUUCAGCGCGGGGCCUCCACGCUGGGCUACUCUCUGAGCGAGGCUUGCCGGUGUGAGACAGAGGAGGCCGAGACCGUCACCGCCAUGGCUUCCCUCUCUGUGGCCAACAAGCAGAGGAAGAGCGAGGAGGAGCCUAUGGAGGGCUGACCAAGCCCCCUUCACCAUUCAGAGACCCUCAAAGGUCUCCAAUUUAGGUCUCCCAUUUAGUACUCCAUUUCAAUUUGAUCCCACCCCUUGACCCCACUCGCACCCUGUCUAGGAGGCGCACCAGC